UAAGUUACUUCCAAUUUUGUAAUCAUCUCUUCAAACCAAAAAAAAAAAUGGGAAGCAAAAGAGUGACCAUAAUGUUCAUUACGAUGAUGGUAGUCAUUGGAAACUUUGUCGUUCAAACAGAAGCUCAAGCUUAUCCUUUUAGAAGUUGUUUCCCAGGUUGUAUUGUGAGUUGUGCCAUUGAGAAGAAGUUUCCAACUGGUUUGAUGUGUCCAUUCACUUGUUUCAUGACAUGUCUUCCUCCUCCAACAUCAAAUAUUCCUUCUCCUCCUUCUCAAAUGAUUUCGGCAAACGAAAAAAUUGAUAAUAAUAAUGUUUACUGUAAAUUUGGUUGUGCUACUCAUCAUUGUCUUCCACUUUCUUCUCUCCAAAAUCCCAAUGUAGACAAAGUUGUGGACUGUGUCGAUUCAUGCUCAGACAGGUGCUCCAACAAGAACUAGAAGCAAAUUUAUUAAAUGUUAUUUUAUGAUAAAAAACGAUGUUAAAGUAUCAUAAGAUAUGAACUAGAGUAGUUUGUAUCACUACAAUUCAAUCAAAAUAGUGUGCUACAAGCAAAUCAACAGAUGAAAUUGUGGACCAAACAAAAACAAAAUGAUAAAAGAAGGACAUUUAAUAUUACUGUGGCAAUCUUAUAUAUUUGUAAGGAUCUUUAACGUUAAAAUUCUUCAAUUAAGUUUGUUUUGGGUAAAAACCUCCAAACUAAAUAUUUAACGAUAAAACCCUCAAACUAACUUUAUUUAAUAAAUUAAACCCUAGCAUGUCAUAUUUUCCAAUACUACCGGUAAAUCUUUAGUUUAGGGAUUUCUACGUUAAUGAAACAUAGUUGGUGAGUUUUAACAUUAAUAUUUU